CAAACAACUCUUUCCCCAACGACCCUGCCUACUUCCCUGAUUGCCCACAAGGUAUCAAGCGUCAUGUGCUCAACUGGGCGCAGCUUGUCUCUGCAGAUACCAUUCCCUACGACCGCCCGUACAUCGCCAAAAUUAAGCACUGUAAGCGGGAGCGCGGUGUCUGGCACGAAUUCCUUAUCAUCGAGUUUAUCUACCCCAUUUCAGCCAGUGCCACCCGCAUCGUUCCCGUCAUCGUUGAGCGUACAAUCGAGACCGGCCAGAUCCCCCAUGAGAUGAUCCGCCCAGGGGUCGUCGACCUUUCCGCUCAGACUGGCCAAAUGAAUGUCAAGUCUGAGCCCGCCUUGUCCCACAAAUCGUCCUACACCUCGGUCGACUCGUCCAUGACCUCUUCUACCUACGCCAACAUCGAAUCCUCCUCGAUACCCCCUAUGGGGGCGCCCGCGCUCGACUACAUCUACGUCCCGAAAAAUGGUGCGUCUAUCAACAGCAUCGACAAAAAAAUAGGCGGCCCGUACCAGGUCUGCCGCGAGCUCACGUUCACCUCACGCGUGACGGAUUAUAACCUUGCCGCCCUGCUGGUUGCGGUGCAUGAGCACUCGCCUAUUUACAACAUUGUCUCUCGACAAUGUUACUGGUAUGCGGCCGUCAUCUACGACGUCUUCUGCGCCCGCUUCGGUGGCAGAUCAGUUGAUCAUCCACUCCGUGGCCCUCUCCGUGCCGGGCGCUUCCUCACAAUUUUCACCAUCCAGCCCAAAGACCCACCGCUGGAGUACAUUCUGCCACGUUACGAUUACCAUUUCACGAAAAUUGUGGAAAAGGCGAGGACUAAUCCGAAUACUGUGAGGUUACAGGCAGCGGAAGCAAGGGCGAGGGAGGAGGCAGCGGCGAGGGUACAGGCCGACGCGAGGGCGAGGGAGGAGGCAGCGGCGAGGGCACAGGCCGACGCGAGGGCGAGGAGGUUAGAGGAUGAGAUUGCCUUCCUCCGACAGCAGCUGGCGGCGCAGGGCUUGGUUUGUUUCCGAUCUCUGUUCCGCGUCUGUUUUGGUUCGAGUGCUUUCGAUGCUUUCGGUGCUUUCAGUGCAUGUACCCGUUCUGUACGCAUAGUCUUUCUCUCAUAACAUGCGAUGUUUUCCGCGGUC